AUGCACAAGCAGGGCAAGACACGUUCCAAGACCGGCUGCCGGACAUGUCGCAUCCGUAAGGUAAAAUGCGACGAGGAGAAGCACAUAGUCGAGGGUCGAGAGCCCCAGUGCCGACGAUGCACAGCAGCACGCAUCAAAUGCGAGUGGAAGGGCGGACCAAUCCCGCGGAAUACUUCCUCUUCCUCAUCUUCCUCGACUUUGAGGGAAGGGCCCGAGCAAUUGCCCACCCAAAAUGCAGGUCAAUCCGACCAGGCCACCCGAAAACGACUCCCUGUUCAACAGUCUUUCAAUCCUGGCAAAGCACCAUUACUUCCGUCGCAUAGAAUUGGCAAUGGGGACCGUAAUCAAAGUCUCCAAGCCGCCAACUCUUUGACUCUAUCUGCUUUUGACCGGGAUUGUCUCAGUUACCUCCAGAAUUCGACACUAGUCAUCAUCCUUGGAAAACAUUGGCCCUGGUCUACGAUUUCAUACGCGUACCACCGAAUCGCUGACACCGAGCCUAUGGUCAUGAGCAUGAUCCUGGCUAGUACUGCAAGGGAAAUUCAUCGAUCACGACUCUACGAUCAGGAAGCACUUUCUAUCAGCAGUCUCAAUCCGAGUUCGAGUAAUAAUAAUGAGUCCUGUGAGCUUGAUGGGCGGAUGCAUUACGGUCGAGCAUUAUCCAGCCUCCGUCAAGCCCUGAAAUCGGGCGUGAGAACGCCUCAAAAAGUUGAGGCCAUUUUCAUCACGCUAUGGUUGAUGAUUGACUAUGAAAAUCGCUUUGGAAGUGGUGCUGCCGCCAUUAAUAUCCACAUUCGCGGCAUCGAGACCCUCCUUCACAACCAUGUUGUUCCGUUUCUCCGGGGCCACGCUCACCAGCACCAUGAGUUCGCAGGCCGCCAGCAAACACCGUCUCCUGCCCUAACAUUCAACAAUGAGAAUUCGUCGCCUCGUUCACCAGCGGAUCUUGUAUCACCAGCUACUGGUGAACACGUCGCUGGAGUCGGCUCCUGUUCUCUGGUCUCGCAGUCAAAUUCCGUCGAGGGGCUCGGCUGUACCUCUGUCCCCCUUUUUCUACUUUGGACAUUAUACUUCUUUACCCCAGCAGCAUUGUUCUUCGGACCUACUACAGGACGAAUGGACUCUGAUAUAUUCCAAUUUUUCCUUGGCAACCAAAGCGAUGAUACAAUUCCUUUGACUCUGUCAGAGUUAUAUCGAAUUAGCAGACAAUCACCUGCUCGGUUCUGGGGUAGUACAUACCCAAUGUCUGCUCAGAUGGAUGACAUGGAGAAUCUUCCGGCGUUGACUCUCUACCAUCGAAGUCAUGUCAUCCAAUUUAAGAUCACGGAACAAUUCAAGGGCGGCGUCCCUACUGAGGCCACUGUGGACGAGAUAUCCCCCUACCAGAAAAUCAUUGGUGAAAUCAACAUCAUCGCGCUUGAAUACGACUCCGUCCUUACAGCCGUCAGAACUUCGCAAUCAUGUGAUAUUGGCGCAGGCCGCCGGGUCUUGGAAACAAGUUACUGGGCUGCCAUCACAUUCUACAGUACCAUUGUCUUUUUUCACCUGUGUUUCCAGGAUAUCAUCAACAAGCAGCCGGGAACUCAGGUUCAGAGCCAAAUUAUGCCUCUUUCCACCGCAGUUUCCCUGGUUCUCGAAUUGAGUCUUAAGCUUCAUCGCUCCAGGCCACAUCUGAUCGUUCGCAUUACGUGGCCUCUAUUCCUGGCGGGAAUCGCGACGUCGGAUCGGAUAUACCAGGAUUGGGUGUCGAUCAGAUUGAAGGAACUCGGUCGCUUUGGACAGAAUUAUACUCGAAUUAGUCGCCGAUUCGAUGAGAUCAUACAGAGCGGGCACCCUUAUGUCUCUGAGAGGGAUUUCCAUUUCUUAGCGAAUGCGGAAUAG